AUGUCGACAUCGCACUCUUCGUCUGAUAGUGAGGUCGCACCAAUAGUUCGUUCUAACACUAGUUCGAUGCGCCGUCCUAGAAAUGAGGCUUCCUCAUCUCGCCCCGUUCGGGCUUCCAUUCCCGAGCUAACUGAAAUUCCGAUCCGAGAUGGUAGGAAUAACGCCGCAACCGCCAUGGAAACCGGAGAGUCUUCUAAUCCCGUUCGCUCAAGGGGCGAGGAUCGCUUCGCCGCACCGGGCGUUUUCUUGAAUGAUAUCCAGCCUACCCUCGACCACAGAGGUCAGAUCGGUGGAAUUCCGACCUCUAGUACUGUGAGCAGCAUCAACGAGAUGCUCGACGUUUGCGGAUUGGGGAGAUCCGGGGUCAGUAUCCUGAUUCCGCAUGAGACUCAACGCCCGUGGACUUCUCCAAAGGGAUACAUCUGUCUGUACGAGAUGUACUUCACCCGCUGCCGCCUGCGGUUUCCUCUGCCCGAGCUCCUGUCCCAAUAUACUCAUCGCCGUAAACUGGCGAUCUCUCAGCUCGCUCCGGCCAGCAUUUGUAACAUCGUUGAAAUACUGACCCUAGCGUCUGAGGUCGGUACAAGGGUUCCCGUCAUGUGCUUUGAGGAGAUGACGGUAUUGAAGAAAUCCAGGGUCGCCGGCAAUUUCACCGUGAACAUGAGGGAGAAACAGAACGUCAUUCCCGGAACCCGAGUCAGCAAUUUCAAAGGCUGGGAAAAACGUUUCUUUCAUGUCCGAGCUGACUACCUCUCACUCGAAAAUCCUUUUGUUGGCUUACGCCGACGAUGGAAUAGUGAUCCGGAUCGCAUCCGAAACUUUUCUACGUUCCCAACGGAGUACUCCGGCAUUGUGCCAAGCCUGUUUGGCGGGGAGAAUCGAGCGUGGGACCAAUUUAGCCGAAAGCGAGUUGAAGAAGCGAUGGGAAGGAUCCCGAGAAAGUAUCCAAACUUCGCAGAGGAGCUGGCCAAAUCAUCAGGUACUUCGGUUACUGCCCUCCAGGCUCGGGAUGCCGAGCUCGUGGCACCAACAACAACGGCUAUGGAGGUCGCCGUAGUUGAAUCGGCUUCCGGAGGAGAGGUCGCCCCUACUGAACCUUCGAUCGUGGAUCUGGAAGACGAUGGUGGUGGUGAGGGCGAGGUUCCCGGGCAGGAGGUCGUAACUGCCGAACAAGAGGUCGCUCUGUCUGAAGGAGACACGGCCGGGAGGAAGAAAAAGAAGAAGAGAAUCGACAAAGGCAAGGGCGUUGCUCUGGACUCUGGCAACCAGUCGAGCCGUAAGAGGUCGGCUGAAGCAGCUGACUUAGAGUCUUCUGAUCCUUUCCGAUUAACUCGGAAGGAUUCGAAUACAGACAAUUUCUGCUUCGACUACUUCGGAGAAAGCUCCGUAGCUGGCGAUCGUUAUGCCUCGGCAGAAUUAUGCCGAAAUUUAAAGUUUUCUUCGGAAAUUCUGCCCGACCUCGACGAGCUGGAGUUCAAGGAGCAUUAUCUGAAUUAUACUCGAUCCGCGUUGCAGAAUCACGCCUUCUUGAUGAUGGAGAAAUGCGCCAAAGAGGCUCAGGACAAAGUGGUCAUGCUGCGGAAGCAAGUGGGAGGCUUGGAGGAACAGGCCAAGGUUCAAGAGGGAGUCGUCGCUUGCUUAGAGGAUACAAUUGCCGGCCUUCGGGCCGAGAAUGCGACCCUUGCUGCGGAGAAGGCGAAAGCCGAUGGCGACCUUCAGCUCCUUCAGCAAUUCUGCGAAUCCGAAUGCUGGCGACUUCGCCUAGAUCGGCAGGCUGUGGUUGAGCGCACGAGGAAGAAGGCCCAAGAUCGCCUAGAUCGGGUGAAGGCGUUCCUGGCCGAGCAAGAGGUCACUGUUCGUCCGAAGGAAGACCUGCUGAACCAGGCUCUUGGGGUCGAGGCUACGAUUGACAGGCUUGUCAAAGAGUGCCAUGCUCAGAUCCCCGAGGAGGAAAUCGCCAAGAUCAAGGCGAAUAAAGUCGAGUGCAAGGAGGUUGCAGACGCGCUUGACUAUCUCGUCCUCGACACUGCCGACCUGAACAUGUCUCCGGACCAGCUCGGUUACGGUCUUCUUCGGCCGGAGGAUCCCGCUCCCAGAUCUAUCCGAGAGCCACAUGGAUCGAAUGCGGCAGCCUUCCAGGCCGACCUUCGAGCUACUGACACCAAUGAUGACCCUCCUUCAGACCCAGGCAAUCCUGAAGAUGACGUUGAAGUCGUCUAA